CGUAUAUCAGGGCAAUGGGGAAUAUAUCUUUUUCAUAUUCGAUAAAAAUAAGUUGAGAACCCCUGUUACUGUCUGAUAAGUCAGUGGUAACCAAUUUACAGUCUGUCAAAUGGUUCAUCAGGUGUAAACAACUGUGAACGAACAGAACGAAAUGGAUCAAAUAAAAAUCUCGAAGGUGGGGAACGUGAGGAUUUUAGAUAAAUAUAGUAACAAUCAUUCUGUUGGUACUCUUUAUUUAACUGUAACACAUCUUAUAUUUACAGAACGAAGUGGAAAAAAAAAGAUCUGGGUGUUAUAUACUCACAUUGCGAAUAUAGAGAAGCAGCCACUGACUACAACAGGCUCCCCAUUAUGUAUUAAAUGUAAACACUUUUUCAUUGUAACAUUUGUUAUUCCAAAAGAACGAGAUUGCCAUGAUAUAUAUCUUACUCUCUCAAAAUUGUCUUGCCCAGUAAGUUUAGAUGAUCUUUAUUGUUUUCAUUAUCAAGAGAACAAAGACACCUUACCGCAACAUGCAGGAUGGAAUUUUUUUAAUGUACAAAGUGAAUUUCAAAGGCAAGGUGUUCCAAAUGAAGAAUGGUCUCUGACGUAUUUAAAUACAAAUUACGAGCUUUGUGAUACUUAUCCAAAAUAUUUGUAUGUACCUAGUACAUGUGCCAACAGUAUCUUGAUAGGCAGUGCAAAGUUUAGAAGUAGAGGAAGAUUGCCAGUUUUAACAUAUUUAUAUUCCAACAAGGCUGUUAUCUGCCGAUGUAGUCAACCUUUAUCGGGAUUUAGUGCACGAUGUCCCGAGGACGAACAAAUGAUGUACAAUAUUUUGCGGACAAAUCCUAAUUCUAAAUAUAUGUACGUUGUAGAUACGCGACCACGAAUUAAUGCCUUUGCUAAUAGAGCUACAGGAAAAGGAUAUGAGAACGAGAACUUUUAUGACAACAUAAAAUUUCACUUCUUUGGUAUUGAAAAUAUUCAUGUAAUGAGAACAAGCUUAAACAAAUUAAUAGAAUUACAAAGGAUGACAUCAAUGAGUGCAUUUUUAAGUGGUUUGGAAAGCAGUGGGUGGUUGAAACAUAUACGAUCUAUUUUAGAGACUGCUUGGUUUAUUGCUAGAGCAGUUUCAAAUGGAGUUAGCGUAGUAGUGCAUUGUAGUGAUGGUUGGGAUCGCACUGCUCAAGUAUGUUCAUUGAGUGCUUUAUUACUGGAUCCAUUUUACAGGACAAUUCAAGGUUUUCAAGCACUGAUAGAAAAAGAUUGGUUAUCGUUUGGACAUAAGUUUAGUGACCGAUGUGGUCACAUUAACUGUGAUAACAAAGAAUUAGCCCCAAUUUUUACUCAGUUCGUUGAUGCAACAUAUCAAUUGUUGCAACAGUAUCCCCAUAAGUUUCAAUUUAACGAAUUUUUUUUGAUAACUCUUCAUGAUCAUGUACACAGUUGUCAACAUGGUACUUUUAUAGGGAAUUCAGAAAAAGAAAGACAAAUUCUCAGAGUAUCAGAAAGAACAUAUUCUCUAUGGGGAUACAUUGCAAAUAAUAUGCAUGAAUAUAUAAAUCCUUUAUACAAAUGCAAUCGUUUCAAUGAAGAAACUAAUCCUGUUCUCCAACCUAAAUUGGCUCCACAGUGCAUUAUUUUAUGGCGAGGAUUGUACUUUAGAUUCGAGAAUGGUAUUCAUCCGAGAGAAACGUACGAAGAUUAUCUUUCGAUAAUGCAUGAUCAUACCAGUUGUUUAGAAGAUCACGUUAAGCUUCUCAUAAAGAGAGUUAACUCUUUGAGUUCAGUAUUGAAUUUAAAUAACAUUAAAAAAAAAGGAGUACAAGGGAAACUAAAAUUCGAUAAUAAAUACACGAUGGAUCCAUUAUCUGAAACCAUCAUAGAAAAUACACCAACUCACGAAGAGAAAGCAAAGUGUAAGAUAAAAAUUAGUCAGUUACAAAACGAAUUGAAAACAGUUUCCUUGGACUGGAAGUUAUUCCGUAACAUGGAAGAGUGUGUAUGUUCUACUACAUUUGACGCAUUUAAUAAAAAGCAUCACUGUUGGUCAUGUGGGGAGGUAUUAUGCACAAGAUGCAUGGGUGCACACACUAUUCUUGCUGGACAUAAUUCACAACGUGCAGUGCCUACUUGUAAGUCUUGUACACAGAAUUCCAGUAUUCCUUCUACUAGUCCCUAAAUUUAUUCCUUUGAACACUUAUUUAAAUUUGUAAUCUGUACCUAAAAUGUAUAUUAUUAGAUUAUAUAACAUUAAGGUAGAAAUAAGAUAGUAACGUAAACUAAAAAAUUUGAUCUGAUGGAAACUGUUAAUAGGGAAUUGUAUAUUUCACAUUUCUUUUUUUUAUAUGUAUUCGAACCAAAGCAUGUCGAUUUUAAAGAAACAGGAUAUAUAACAUAAGAAAGUAUUACGAAUAAAAACAAUUUUAUUUUAACGA